AUGUCGCUAUCUAAUCUACUCUGGAUCUCCGCGUUGGAAGAUGCCGCUGAGCAAUUCGAUGGCGGGCCCCAGAGCUUCCUGCUAGCCAGCGAGUCAAGCUUUGCCCACAGGCUCGCAUACAACCCGCCGAACCUGGACUACCAAAAGCUGUUUUGGAGCAAGGCGACUGUCUCGGACUCGCAGCGUGAUGCUCUAUUCCGCCCGCACAGCGCAGGCUGGCUGAUUCCAAACGAGACGAGUGUCUGCAAGCCUGUCUUGGUCGCCCACUCUGUCCUGUCGGCGAUCUGGCUGCUGAAGGAGACGCUCGCCGAGGACGCGCUGCCUGCCGAUGCUUGGGCCCGGCUGGUCUCUGCAGCGCAGGAUCUUGCCAGCAGCCCGAGCGACGACUUCCAGCAGGAACCCCCUUCAGCGCAGCGGCCCCGCGAUUCCCCACCACCGUCGACAAAGCGUGCUGCUGCGUCCAGCUCAGCGCGGCCCCAGGAGGAACCCGCCCAGAUCACGACCAUCACCAACAAAAAUCGCCGUGCUGAGCGAGAGCGCGCCAAGAAGCUGGAGCUCAUGCGAGCGCAGAAGAAGCAGGACCUUGGAUUGGUACUGCCGCCUGAGUUGGCAUCUCGUAGGGAACACGGUGCCUAUGCCUCCAUCUCGCGCCAGGACGAGCCGUUCAUUUCAUGGAUCCUCAAGCAGCCAGUGGACGACGACGACAACCUGUACAGCAGCGCCACAGCGCCUUACCUGACAGCUUCUGGCAUGCUUGACAAGGCCCGCUCCAUUGGCAAUGCUGCUUCCCAGGUCUCAGCUGCUGCCUUCCUGCGAAGCUGGCGUAUGCAAGGAUCGCCUUUUGCGCAGGAGCCUGGGGAAACCCGCCCGCCCGCUUCCUCCCGCAGCCGCUGGCAGCUGUCGCAGAAGAGCAGCGCCUCGACGGUGCUCCAGAGCGCGCUCGCCUCCGCCUGGAGCCUGUGCGAUCGCUACGAGCAGGAGCUGGACAUCAUCCACAUCAAGUACCGCUGGGCCAUGGCUUUCCUUGGCAAGGCCUACACUGAGAAGAUCAACCAGAUCCAGGCGCAGGACGCGGCGAGGCUGAACAACAAGGGCAACAACUAA